GCCGGGCCGGGGCGGACCCGGCGCAGCGGAAGCGGCUCCCGGCGCCGCGGAUGGCGGUGGCGGCGGCUGCGCCGGGGCCGGGGCCGGGCUGGUGCCCCCGGGCAGCGCGGGAUUUCGGCCUCGCGGGGCGACCAUGGGGCCGGGGACCCCGCCGAGCCCGCGCCGGGAGACCCUUUUCCGGCAGGAAGCUCCCGGCGGCGUCACCUACCGCAUCCCGGCGCUGCUCUACCUGCCGCCCGCCGCCACCUUCCUGGCCUUCGCCGAGAAGCGCUCGUCCGCCCGCGACGAGGACGCCCAGCACCUGGUGCUGCGCCGCGGCCGGCGCCGGGGCCUGGAGGUGGAGUGGGGCCCCGCGGAGGAGCUGCCGCAGCUGACGCUGCCCGGCCACCGCACCAUGAGCCCCUGCCCCGUGUACGAGGCGGCCGGCGGCACCGUCUUCCUCUUCUGCAUCUGCGUGCGGGGCCGGGUGACGGAGCGGCGGCAGGUCCUGGCGGGCCGCAACGCCGCCCGCCUCUGCUGCGCCGCCAGCCCCGACGGCGGCCGCAGCUGGGCCCCGCUGCGCGACCUCACCGAGCCGGCCGUGGGGCCCGAGCUGCGCCGCUGGGCCACCUUCGCCGUGGGGCCGGGCCACGGCGUGCAGCUGGCCGCCGGGCGCCUGGCCGUGCCCGCCUACGCCUACUACGUGCACCGGCGCUUCUGCGGCCUGCCGCUGCCCUGCUGCACCGAGCCGCACGCCCUGGUGUUUUACAGCGACGACCGGGGCCGCAGCUGGCGUAGGGGCGCGUUGGUCGAGGGCUUGCGCACCGGCGAGUGCCAGGUGGCCGAAAUCGCCGCCGCUGACGGUGGCCCGGUGCUCUACUGCAGCGCCCGCACGCCGCGGCGGUGCCGGGCCGUGGCGCUCAGCACCGACCGCGGGCUCCGCUUCGGCCGCUCGGCGCCCUGCGAGCAGCUCUGCGAGCCGCCCCGCGGCUGCCAGGGCAGCGUGGUGAGCUUCGCCGGGCCGCCCGGCGCCGGCCAGCCCCUCACCGCCGCCUCUUGGCUCCUCUUCUCCCACCCCACCGACAAGCGCCGCCGGCGCGACCUGGGCCUCUACGUCAACCCUUCGCCGCUGGAGCGGGAGGGCUGGCGGCGGCCCUGGGUGCUCCACGAGGGACCCUGCGGCUACUCCGACCUGGCCGUCUGCCCGGACCCCGACGGGCUCUUCGGGUGCCUCUUCGAGUGCGGGGCGGCCAGCGGCUGCGAGGAGAUCGCCUUCUGCCUCUUCACCCGGCGCCAGCUCCUCAGCGCCUGCGGGGCGCCCGCCGGCGAGCCCGGAGCCGCGUAGGCCUUGCCCGGCGUCUCCCCGACGCCGUUUCUUCCAGCGACCAUCGAAUUUGCGCCCGGAGCCGCCCCCGCGGGGUAAAUACUGCGACCAAGGGUCCCCUUUUCCGGCCACGUGCGUGGCGGCAUCCUCGAUGCUGCCUUUACCUAACGUCGUGGAUAUAAAGCCGAAACAACUCA